ACGUGAACUCAACGUUACUCAACUGAUCGUCUUAAUCGCGUUGACACUAUCGCUUCUUCUUUUCCAAUUUCUUCAUUUCCGUUUCCCAAUCCUGAUCACAUUCUUAUUAUUUCUUCAGAAACCCCCCAAUUUUUAGGUGUUAAAACCGUCAAUUCUCUCAGGAAAAGUUCUUUUCCGGUUUAUUGUUCGCUGUUAAACAAUGGCUCUUAGGAGGAGGCAGCAAAUCGGCAAGGCAGACGGCGGCUUCUCCUAUACUUACGAUUCUCCUCCGCCGCCGUCCGCUGAAAGUUCUUCAUCUUCUUCUUCUGCCUCCUCGCUCGCCGCCAAAGCUAUCAGAGCUUCGUCGGCGUACAGGGAUUCAUCGCUCUCUUCUGUCUACGAACAGUCGGCUCUCUCUUCCCCGCACGGUUCUUCUCCUUCCGCUGUUAGGGAUCCAUCCAUCUAUGACCAUGCACCAAAGAAAAGCAUAAAUGGAUCUAAGCAAGGAUUCUGGGGGGUGCUUGCUCAGAAAGCUAAAUCAAUUAUUGAUGAGGAUACUGCUAAGAAACACGAGACACCCAGAGAGACAACUUUUGGGGCAUCUGAUAGAAGCAAAAGGGGCCAGUACCAUAGCACAUAUGAUUCUCAAGACAGCCGUCGGAAGACUGAAGGCCCUGGGAUACAGAAGGGACUAGAUGCUAUUGCUUCAUCCCUUAAUUAUAUCGGUGGCACCAUUGGAAAAUCUCUUGAGGAGGGUAUCACAGCUGUUGAGAACCGUACUGCGGGCUUAAUUCAAGAGACUCGUAAGGUUCAGAUAAGGAAAAAGAAUAAUAGCUCCGGAUCACAGAACCAGGCUUCUGAUUUUGACAACCUGAGACGACAACCUAUGCAACAGAGUCAUGUCCAACCUAAGAAUCACAGUACAGAGGAAACACAGUUGAAGGCAUCUCGCGACGUUGAGAUGGCAACGACUGCUAAAGCAAAACUUCUGAUGAGAGAGAUGAACACAGUCAAAGCUGAUUUUGCUUUUGCAAAAGACCGAUGUGCUCAGCUAGAAGAAGAAAACAGGAUGCUUAGGGAAAGUCGUGAAAAAGGUGAUAACCCAGAUGAUGAUGACUUGAUAAGGCUCCAGCUCGAGUCUCUUUUGGCUGAGAAAGCUCGACUCGCCCAAGAGAACUCAGUAUAUGCAAGGGAGAAUCGUUUCCUGAGGGAGAUUGUUGAAUACCAUCAGCUUACCAUGCAGGAUGUUGUGUAUUUUGAUGAAGGCAGUGAAGAGGUCACAGAGGUCUACCCCAUCAAGUUAACUACAGCUUCUAAUAUACAACCCUCUGCAGCCUCUCCAACUCCAACGGUUCCCAAUGGCGCAAUCAAAGCACCACAAAAUGUCUCUCUCAAAACUGCCCUGUCUGUAGAUUUCCAAGAGACUCCACAAACUACUGGCACAACCAACCCGUAUGUACAGAUGCCAGGAGAAGAUGUUAGAAAAAAUUGAGUGGAUCUCAGCUGUGCCGCCUCAUCUUAAGGUUUGAGUUUAGUUGAGUUGAUCCCAGUUUCUCAUUUUUGUGAAUGAGGAAUCUGUCAGCUGUAUUCUUUCGAUUUUUUAAUCCGUUUUACUUUUUUUUCUGUAAAUCAUUGUAUUUCUGGUAAAUUAUUGUCGCAUGCUGAUGAUUUAAUACUUUGUUUUGUUCUUUUUUUCCUACAGAAAGAAUUUGGUCGAACACUUGUAAGCUUUGUCUGCUUCUUUAUGAGUUAUGACAGUGUGAAUUGGCGAUUGGGAGCUGUAAAUUUAUUUCUUCAUCUUUAUGGAGCAACUGUAAC